UGGAAUUCGAACCCAAACUCCAUUUACCUUUUUUUUAUCUCAUCGGCUCUUAUUUCCUAUUUCAACAUAUUGAUUUAGGUCUAUUAUCUUUUUUUUUUCUUUUUUAUAUCUAUAUACAACAUAUAUUACUGUCAAGGGCGAAUUUCUUAGAUAUUUCGAUUCAAAAAAAGGGUAAGAGAUUAGAAACUUGAAAAACAAAGAUUGGGUUGCGAUAUACAUAUGAAAGAGUAUACAAUAAUGAUGUAUUUGGCGAAUCAAAUACCACAGUCUAAUAACGAACCGUUCUGAUCAGUUGAUAAUAUUAGUUGAUAAUUUUGUGAAAGAUUCCUAUGAAAGGUUUGAUUAACUACUAAUUUAUGUCGAGUAGACCUUGUUAUUGUGAGAAUUCUUAAUUCAUAAGUUAUAGGGAGGGACUUAUGUCACCACAAACAGAGACUUAAGCAAGUGUUGGAUUCAAAGCUGGUGUUAAAGAUUAUAAAUUGACUUAUUACACUCCUGAAUAUGAAGUCAAAGAUACUGAUAUCUUGGCAGCAUUUCGAGUAACUCCUCAACCUGGAGUUCCCCCUGAAGAAGCAAGGGCUGCGGUAGCUGCUGAAUCUUCUACUGGUACAUGGACAACUGUAUGGACUGACGGGCUUACCAAUCUUGAUCGCUACAAAGGUCGAUGCUACACUGGAGAAGAAAGUCAAUUUAUUGCUUAUGUAGCUUACCCUUUAGACCUUUUUGAAGAAGGUUCUAUUACUAACAUGUUUACUUCCAUUGUGGGUAAUGUAUUUGGGUUCAAGGCCCUGCGUGCUCUACGUCUGGAAGAUUUACAAAUCCCUAAUGCUUAUAUUAUAACUUUCCAAGGACCACCUCAUGGUAUCCAAGUUGAGAGAGAUAAAUUGAACAAGUAUGGCCGCCCACUAUUGGGAUGUACUAUUAAACCUAAAUUGGGGUUAUCCGCUAAGAAUUACGGUAGAGCAGUUUAUGAAUGUCUUCGCGGUGGACUUGAUUUUACCAAAGAUGAUGAGAACGUGAAUUCCCAACCCUUUAUGCGUUGGAGAGAUCAUUUCUUAUUUUGUGCAGAAGCAAUUUAUAAAGCACAGGCUGAAACAGGUGAAAUCAAAGGACAUUACUUGAAUGCUACUGCAGGUACAUGUGAAGAAAUGAUCAAAAGGGCUGUAUUUGCCAGAGAAUUGGGAGUUCCUAUCGUAAUGCAUGAUUACUUAACAGGAGGAUUCACUGCAAAUACUACCCUGGCUCAUUAUUGUCGAGAUAAUGGUCUACUUCUUCACAUCCAUCGUGCAAUGCAUGCAGUUAUUGAUAGACAGAAAAAUCAUGGUAUGCACUUUCGCGUACUAGCUAAAGCCUUACGUCUGUCUGGUGGAGAUCAUAUUCACUCAGGUACUGUAGUAGGGAAACUUGAAGGGGAAAGAGAAAUCACUUUAGGCUUUGUUGAUUUACUACGUGAUGAUUUUAUUGAAAAAGAUCGAAGUCGUGGUAUUUAUUUCACUCAAGAUUGGGUUUCUCUACCAGGUGUUCUGCCCGUGGCUUCAGGGGGUAUUCACGUUUGGCAUAUGCCUGCUUUGACCGAGAUCUUUGGAGAUGAUUCCGUACUACAAUUCGGUGGAGGAACUUUAGGACAUCCUUGGGGAAAUGCACCCGGUGCCGUAGCUAAUCGAGUAGCUCUAGAAGCAUGUGUAAAAGCUCGUAAUGAGGGACGUGAUCUUGCUGUUGAGGGUAAUGAAAUUAUUCGUGAGGCUAGUAAAUGGAGUCCUGAACUAGCUGCUGCUUGUGAAGUGUGGAAGGAAAUCAAAUUUGAAUUCGACGCAGUGGAUACUUUGUAAUCCAGCAAUUACUUACUGUUCCUUUUCUUAAUUGAAUUUUGACUUGAAAUUAAACUCGGCCCAAUCUUUUACUAAAAGGAUUGAGCCGAAUACAAGGAUACUAUUGUAUAGAUUUUUGAUAGAUACAUACUUAAUAUACAAGAUCUUAAAUACAAAAUAUAAGACGAAAGAAUUGAAAUCUUUCUAUUAUUAUGUUGGAUUCACAAUUAAUCCUAUGGAUCCUUAGGAUUGAUGUAUUCUGUAUUGGUGUAUUCUUUAUUUUUUUUAUUUAUUUUAUAUUAUUUCUAUUUUUAUUAUUUCUAUGUA